AUGGAAACGAGGAGUUGUAGGAAUACAUAUUUUAUCCAAGCCGCAAGGAGUGGUUUGGUGAUGAAAGUCCGGAAUAUAGAUACAUACGGAAAGCCAGCUCUUGUAUUCAAGAGUCUAAAGGAUAUAUAUGAAGCUGAAGACACCAGAAGACUUAUAAGACCUACAAGUAAUUCACGGGGUAAAUGUGCAGAUUCAGUGUUAGACAAAUGUGAAACCCCAUGUUUAUCUGUGGUAGAUAGAAUAUUAAAGGAAACAAAACCAGAAAUAGACAAGUUGGUUCCCUCUGGUUAUGAUGAUGAAAUGAGCAGUGAUCUUGAUGCCAACAUGACUUUAAACCAGCUAAGGAAAAGGUGUAAAACAAAGAAAAGAAAAUUUGAAAGCUUUACUGAUGAGGAUUUUAACCAAGCUGAGGAAACUAAAAAGCUCAUGGAAGAAGGAUCGGAUCUUAAUGAACCGAUCAUUAGCUGGAAGUCAAAGCUUUCAAAGAUUUCGAAGGCUAAAAAGAAGUGUAUGAAAAGAAGUGUGGUUGCCUCUACUGAAACUUCCCUUUCUAUUACAUCUGAACAGAAUCUAGUUUCUCCAGCUUCUGACCUAAUUCUUUGCGAAUUACAUCUGCCCCUUCCUGUAAAACUUGAGGUUCCUGAACCUGAGUACGUAGGAUUGCAAAGCAUAAAUUUUUCUGAUGAGUUAUCAAUUAGCCAUAACGAGGAUUCACAUAACGGUGUUGUGGCUUCAAAUGAAACCUUGAAAAUGGUUGAUCAUGAAAGCUGGGAACUGAGGGUUGCAGAAGAAAGCAAAAACUGUUUCACCAAUGAAGUUUCCUGUGAGCAUUUGGAGCACAUUGUGCCUAUUUCUAUGCUCACAACAAUCGAUGAGAAGGAUGUGAUGUUAGAUAAUUCAGAAAUGAAUUUCCUAGAGUUUUUGGUCCUGUCUCCUUCAGAAAAUGAAACCGGGGACAUCAUAGAGCACGAUCUUUCUUGUGGAGUUUUGUCUCCUGGGGAUCAAAGUUCAGAUCUGUGUAGUCACUCCCAAAGUUGUUCUAAUACUGAAGAGAUAUCAGGGAAAAUGAUUGUGACUUCUAGAGUUCUAGUUCCUGACACUACAGUUGACAAUGAUGUUGGCUGCAUGGAACUUCAUCAUGGAGUUGAUGUUCAGCUCUUUGGGGAUAAAGCUAAAGAAGAUCUGCCCUGUAAGCAAGAUGAUCCUGUAACUGAUCCUGAAAAGCAAUGUGGCUCAUCUUGGAAACCCAAAGUUUCCGUCGAGACAAAUGACCACAUAGUUUCUGCGAAAGAUAUCAUAUCUCCCGAGGAAAAGCCGUUAUCAUCUGCCAUACCAAGAAAUGGCUCGAUCUCCGAGAAUCAUCUGGAGGAUGAGGUAUCAAUUUAUAAGGAAAAACAAACUCCAACAGCUCCAAGUACUGUUGGAGAAAGAAAGUCAUCCUUAAAGGACCAAACCUGUGUUGAUGAGACACUCUUAACGCCAGAGCUCCAUCAAACUCCUGAAAGGCUCUUAUCAACACGAAAGGUCAUCUCUCCAUCUUCUCAAGAAAGACUGUGCUGGGCUUUAAAUUCAGUUAACCUGAGCAACGACGUUGACCAACAUAUCGUUCCAGAAUGCGCGGGGAAGCUGUGGUUUGAAAAACAAUCUGAGAAUAAGGCUUCAUCGGUGGAAGCAUAUAUUCAGCAUCCUAAAAUGACUGAAAACCACGGAGGCCAUGUGCAAGUUAGCCAGAGAAAAGUCAUUACAAACCACGGACAGAUCUUUAAAAAAUCACAGAAAUACAAAGGCAAUCUUGAGGGUCCUCGUUUUUCCCGGGCCCCACCUAACCUCAGCACCGCAUGCACCUCCACUACAAGUUGUUCUGAAAGUGCUAUUGCAUUCUCACAGCAGCAAAUGCAUGACACAGAGUCUCUUGCAGUGAAGCUACUGAAUGAGUUGAAGUGCAUGAAGGACUUUGUAGAAGAGAAAUUGCUUUUUGAAGCAUAUCGCAAGAAUUCCUUGAAAAAUGAUGCAGACGAGGUUAAAGCAGUGAUCAAUAAUGCCACAAAAGUUGAAGAAACAUCAAGGAAGUGGUUAUCCAUGAUGGCCAGAGAUUGCAACCGCUUUUGUAAAAUAAUGAAGUUGACCCAGAACAAGGUUCCUGCUUCCAAGAAUGCAGUCCCUAGAGAGAGGAAAAAGAUUAUGUUUGCCGAUGAAGCCGGUGGAAAGCUCUGUCAUGUCAAGUUUAUUGAAGAUGACGUGACUUGCCAAGUUUCUGACAGCAAAAAACUGUAA